AUGGCGUCGCUGCUCGCGCUGCUGCUCGUGGCCAAGUCGAGUGCAGGCGCACAGCUCGUGUACGGCUAUCCGAGCGUGCCCAAGGCUGUCCCGCGGACCCACAAGCCGCUGUACCUCGGACGGCGCAAGAUCUCGCUUCACCCGGACUACAACGAGUCGAGCUCGAGUUCGGACGAGUCGAGCGAGUCGGACGACGACGAGUACCGUGGACCCGACUCGAAGCAGUACCUCGGCUUCCCCGACCCUGUCCUCGCCUCGCUCCUCACGCCCAGUCGCGAGUUGUGCGAUCAGCCUUUCGAACUCGUGGUCGACCACCUCGCCUUCGUGGGACAUCCGGUCUGGCUAGGAGACGAUGAGGGACCGAGGGAGAGGCUGGAUGGAGCGGCGAACGAAACGGGCGAGCAGGAGAAGCGAGAAGCGGACACGGAGGACGACGAGGACGAGCGAGGGCGGAGCAGGCUGUCGCGGAAGGGCAGUAUGGCUGAAGGAGCUGCAGAAGAAGAAGACGACGACGCGCGCCGAGUCGACCGCGACCAGACUGUCGGACCGCCAGCCAGCCGCGAAGCAUCUCUCCCUCCUCACGCUCGCGCUCUCCUCAUUCCCGAGCGCGACGAUUCUCCUUCGCCUCGCCGACCCGGCGCACUCGCUCACAGCCACUCCUCGGCGUCGACGCUGCACGCUGGAACGUCCCUCGCCUCGUCUCAGCACUCGCACAACUCGCUCGCAACUGCCGGCCGCCUUGUCUCGUUUAAUCUCCUCUGCGUGAUCGACACCCCGCCAGACAGCCAUCUGAGCAGUCACCUCGAGGGGUACUACAAAGACGUUGUCGUGCCAGUCACGGCGAACAUCAAAGCCCUCGAGAAGAAGGACACAUGGCUUACGAAGGAGGCGGCCAAGCUGCGGCGGAUGCGUGAAGGGGCGCUCGAGAAGGACACGCCAUGGGACGAGUUCCUCGCGACGCUUCCCGCCCGAUCUUCCCUCGCAGGCGCCAUCAGUCAACUCUACACCUCUCUCCGCGCGAACAAGCUCGCUUCCGUCCACUUCGGUCCUCUGCCAGUCCAGGUUCUCUUCCGUGGCGAGCUGCCGGCAGACGACGAGGUCGACCUGCGAGACCACGAGGAGUAUCUCCUCCCCGACAGGGGCGAAGACUCGGACUCGCCUGAGCGACGGAACCGCAGCGUCUCUCCGAGCGGUCACGCCUUCCCUCGAACUCGACAAGCACCGAUCUUCUCGACCAUGCGACGCCGCCCACCAGUCCAGUUCGAGCCGUGGCAGACGCUUCUCCUCCUCGAGGACGUGCGACUGCUGCAACGAGACGUCCUAGAGGGUUCGCUACUAUGGCGCUUCCUUGACAUCUGUCGUCCGACCCUCAGCUUCGCCGACUACGAGACUCUGCUCGACUUGUACUCGGAGGACCACAUGCUUGAAGACAUCGUCGACCACCUCGUGCACUGGAAGAAGGCCCGCGUCGUCGACCUCGUCUCGCUCAAAGGGGCGUACGCCGUCAGUGCCGAGUUCGAGGUGAAGCGACUCCCUUCUCUCGUCGCCUCUUUCAGCGACACCUUUCCCGCCCUACCGCCACUUCCCGUCCUCCUCUCUCAGCUCUCGCCCGCCGAGCCGUUCGCCUCGAUCGUUCGCUCCGCACAGCGCGCAUCCUACCUCAACGCCCUCGUCUGGCUCCUGCAGCACGAAGUGGUCGAGAAGCAGCGUACCUACGUCCGCAUCGUCGCUUCGGAGGAGAUCAAGCGCGCUACGUCGAUGCACUGGGGUCCGGGCAAGAGCGGCGUCAGCGGCACGGAGGGGAUGUCGGUCUCGUCGAGCCGGCCGGAUGACGCCGGCAUGCUGAGUACGAGCGCUAGCGCCGCUAGCGACCACAGCUUUGGCACGAAUCGGAGCGACGGGCAUAGCAGUACAGGCGGAGGCGGCGGCAGGUCGGCGAGGCAGUCGUCCGUCCGACCAGACUUUGACGAUGCGAGGGGCAUGACAGUGGUCAGCGGCGCGGCAGACCCGCUCUCGCCUCGCGAGGGGCUUCUCUCUUCUAGUGCGAAGAGCGCGACAAUGUCGAUGCGACGGACGAGGACGCCGAGGAGCCAGCAGGGACACCGCAGCAAGGGCUUGUCGACCGCGACUUACUCGUCGCACUCGGACAGGCCGGAUGAGACGGCCUUGACGCCGACUGUCAUCGUCGAACCGGGACGGCCGUCCAUGCUGGAGAGCAGGUGGUUGAGCGAGAUGUGCCGGGACAAGGACAAGUUUGUCGUCGACAAGUUUGAGCGGAUCAUACGCAUGCUCAACGGUCGGCACCACCUCGACGAGAUCCGCUUCCGAGCCCAGCUCUCGCGCAAGCAUCUCCAGUCGGUCCUCUCGACGUUCGAAGACCAUCUCAUCCUGUUCACGCACCCCUGA